UCAUAAAUUUGGAAAAAACAAGAGAUUUAUAUCAGAGAAAGAAACACGUUCAUCAGUCUUACAGGUCUACAAGAUCACAGUAAUAGAUCCCAUAGAAUAAAAGGAACGCAUCAUAAWCAACAUUGCACUACUUUUUAUUGCUUUGGGCCCACAUUGUUGUGAACAUCGAAAGCCAUGGCAUCGUAUGCCUUCUCASGGGAUGGGGAGUACCUCCGAAAACUUUCAAAUGGAAAAWUUCARAAUCAAUUUCGGGGUAAUGGCCCCUUCGUAGAUGCAACCGAAACCUUUUACUCUGAAUUCAGUUUGGCGUGGAGAUUCUUGGGAUUUUACACGGAUUGCGACGUCUGCRUCGAGGGUGCUGGCGAUGAAGACAAUGGAGAUGACGACGCAAAUAAAGCCGAAGAAGACGGYGGAGACGAAAAUUUCGUCUCUUCUUCUGGGUGCUURGAGAAUGGCGAAGAUCGCACAGUCUGUCGCCGAUACGCCCUCUGGGCGGCCUAUAUUGACCAGGCCUAUGAGGGAGAUGGUGCKAGCGAAUACCAAYACUUUGACCACCGGACGAAACGCUGGGACCGAUCAGCCUGUAAUAGUAGUGAAGGACGCUGCGCGAAACUAGACUGCCACAAUCCUUCAAGCAAGAACUUCAAACUGAUCGGAGUCUUCAAGGAUCCAAAAAUARRUGMCUUCAUCGAUAAUGUGAUUGACUAUCAGGGAGAUUGCGUUUGGAGUGAUGACGAAUACAAAUUCAUGAAAGCAAUGACCUCSAGCUACAAUGAAAAAAACGACGAAAACAAUGACUACACACUCAACUUCUCUGGGCCACCCACAACAUGUACACCAUAUCAAGUGAAAGGAGARGACGGAAUUACUUACUCUGGUUAUUAUGAUGCUAUCCCCAUUUCGAAGGGAAACAUGGGCMUCGCACUCUACACUGAUUCUGAAUGCACAGAGUCGUAUGCAGGCAAGACGCAUUCYGUUGAAGACGUUAUGGCACGGUCCAUGGGUAGCACGAGUAGUGUGAUUGAAAGGAAACUCAARUCUUGGAAUGAGGCAAUGGAUGCCUUGAAAGUUUGCCAACCUUGUGUGGCCUACAGCACUUUGGGUAACAGUUCAAUGCAACCCUACAAUGCAAACGGAGAUCGGUAUUCGAUAGACAACGAGAACGSCGAUGAUGGCGACAACUUUGUCUGUMGAGAUAAUUUAGAACGUGACGAACCUGUCAAUCAAUGCGAAGUGUUUGCAGAACAAGGACGGGAUAGUAUGAGAGUUGCAACCUAUCGUGACAUUUUGCGUACGUACAACCAAAUAAUAACAAUGGUCGAUAUUCAUGGUCAAGUGGUUCUAUCUUCCCUAAAAUACUUCUACGAUUGUUCUGUGGUUUGUUCUAAUCUCACUUCGGCUUGCUCCACAUGCUCAUAUCUAUUGUAAAACAGUUGCCGAAUCCCAAGGAACGGUUACCGGUAUUGACCUUUCGUCGUAUAGCAGCAAUCGCCGCGGCAAAAUGGUACUGGGACACACCUUUGUGCAGCCUAAUCACAUCUGGUUCUCGGUUUUCUUUUUUUUGUUGUCAAUGGGAUUCUUYGGAUAUGCUUUGGUUCAACUCUUCGAAAAGGAUCGUUCGAAGCACCGAUCGAAUAGCAAAAAUAUGAAUGAGCCAUUGGUAGGAAUGGAAAUCACCAGCAAAAAGAACAAAAAAGAAAAUAUUGGAGCUGGAAGAGAACAAAAGUCAGCAGAAAAGGCCCAGAGGAAAGCAAAACUUGGGAAACAAGAUCAGGAGCAAAAAAAGAAAUUACCGAAAAAGUCCAUUCUGAAGAAGCCAAAGAAGCUUGACGAAGAGGAUGAUGAUAGUCAUUCCUAUAGGCACUUUGGUGACGAUAGUAGCUUUGGUACUAAACAAUGAACACUUAAAUGCGUUAAAUGCGAGGUAACUAGAUGGCACAUAUUUUGAAUGACAUUCUAAUAUACUAGAGCAACAGCAACUAAUUUGAUAAUUCUGUCACARUGGGAAAUGGAAUUCAAUGAAUACAAUAUAAAUGA